GAUAUUUUUGUCUCAGAAAAUGUCACUUUUCGGCAACAUUUUUAGGAAAAAUCUCUGAAAUUAAAUUGAUUAAAUUUUCAGUUUCCAAACUCGGAUAUUCUUUUGCCAUCCUUCAGAAUGGUGUGUCGCUUCAAUCCUUUUUACAUUGGACCAACUCCACCCAGCUGCUGCACGGACUUGAAGCCCGACUGCAACUGCCCACCGUGUUCGCCAGAUACAGGGUAUCAGGAGCCUCGACCCGUUCAUGAGGAGUGCAACCCGGGUGUGUCCAAGAAGGAGACCAAGGAGAGCAAAUGUAAUCCUCCUUGCAUAGAAGCCCCCAAAAAGGAAAAGAAGGAGAAGAAGUCCGAGAAGAAAGAUACCAAAAAAACUAAAUAAAACGUAGCUUUGCUAGAAAUUCCUAUUAAAA